AAAUUUAGUUGCCUAUUCAUAAUUUCAAAAAAGUGGAUAAGCCAGUAAGAAUUCGUCGUCUAUUCAUAAUUUUUAACAGAAAUAACAGUACGCAUGCGCAUGUCUACUCCCAACGAGAUUUCAUAAUGGCAACGAUAAUAGAAACACGUAAGUCAAGAAAUUUGAUUUAGGUACUUAUUUUACGUAGUAUGUCGCUGAAUUACCCCUUAUUUCUUUAUUGUGUAGGGAGAGUGAUAGUGGAGAAACUGUUCAACAAAGGUUACAGCUACAAAGAAAUAAUAUCUGUGUUAUAUGGAGUUCACAACAUAAAAAUUAGCUUGCGCCAACUAAAAAGAGAUCUUGCAAUUCUCGUAUUAUUUAGGCGGAAAAACACUUGUCCACAUCAGUUGUUAUAUAAUGUUAUCAAGGUUGAAAUCGGUGGAAGUGGGUCAGCUUUGGGUUACAGAAGUCUCCAUCAGAAGUUGAAAGCAGUGUAUAAUAUCCAAACUAGCAGGGAGAAGAUAAGGCAAUUGCAACAUUUGAUUGAUCCGUGUGGUGUCGCUUUGAGAAGGGCUAGGCGUUUACAAAGAAGAAAGUACGUUUGCAAGGGUCCAAAUCAAGUGUGGCAUUUAGAUGGGUACGACAAGUUAAAACCGUACGGUUUUUGCAUUCAUGGCUGCAUAGACGGGUAUUCGCGAAAAUUGUUAUGGCUGGAGACCUCGUCUACGAACAAUUGCCCAAAAGCUGUCGCGUACUAUUUCUUGAAAUAUGUGAAAACGAUUGGAGGUAUUAAUUAUGAACGGUUUUCCGAUCCCAAUCUUUUUGUUGAUGAUUUUUCUGUUUGUUUUAGGAACAUCGAGGUUAAUUAGAUCAGAUCACGGAACGGAAAAUUUAAAUAUUGCAGCAAUCCAAGUAUUCUUCCGUCAAAACGAAAACAGUUUCCGAUUUGGAAAGUCAACUACUAAUCAGGUAAGAGGACUAUUGAUUAAGCUUACCUUCUACCUAUUUUGUAAUAAAAUGACUAGAUAUCGUUCUAGAGAAUCGAAGCAUUCUGGUCCCAGUUAAAGCGCCAAAACACAAUCUGGUGGAUAAAUUAUUUCAAGGACAUGGAGAUAGAUGGGACCUUGGACAACAGCGACAUGAUUCACAAGUAGUUCCGAUUAUAAAAUCGAUAUCAACCAAGCAUAUCUUACACUAGCGAAGCCAUAUACGACUGAAAAGAAUCCUCUUGGGUGUAAUACAGAAUUCGAGAAAGUUGCACUUCAAUUGAUGAUUAACAAAAGCCUAACAUUUCCGAAUAACGCCGAUGAAGCUAAAAAACUUUUUGUAAAACUUAUAGAAGCCAUUGAUAAUAUAUAGCACACAAAAAAUAUAUUUCUAUAGAA